UACUGGUCUCAGGUUGGCCUCCGUGGGAUACACUGAGAGCGACAAAAGGGUAGGAGUAGUAGUAAUGAAGUCGGAAUAGCAGAAGCAGUUGGAGACGGGGAAAGCAGAGAGAUCGGUGUGGCUGAUGAAAUGCCCGCUGGUGGUGUCCAAGUCAUGGCAAGCUCAUGCCUCCGAUUCUAACCCAGUCGCCAAGGUCGUCCUCUCCCUUGAUCCUCUCCGCCCAGACGGCCCUUCUUCCCUCCAGUUCACAGUGGAAUUGGCUGGGACUGAGUCUGCAAAUAUGCGAAAGAACUACUCCCUGAAUAUGUUUAAAGACUUUGUCCCCAUGAGUGUGUUUUCUGAGACAAAUCGAGGAAGGGUUGCAGUUGAAGGAAAUGUGGAGCAUAAAUUUGACAUGAAGCCCCAUGAUGACAUUAUUGAAGAGUAUGGAAAAUUGUGUCGUGAAAGGACAAACAAAUCCAUGAUUAAAACUAGACAAAUACAGGUGAUUGACAAUGACCGAGGAGUACUUAUGAGGCCAAUGCCUGGAAUGGUUGGGUUGCCAAAUUCUAAGGAUAAGAAGAAGGUAACACCUGUGAAAGGACCAGAAAUGAAAAGGACAAGAAGAGAUCGUGGGGAACUGGAAGACAUUAUGUUCAUGCUCUUUGAGAGGCAACCAAACUGGGCAUUAAAGCAGCUGGUCCAAGAGACUGACCAACCUGUGCAAUUCUUGAAAGAGAUAUUGAAUGAGCUGUGUGUGUACAUAAGAGGGGAACAAAUCAAGGAACGUAUGAGCUCAAGCCGGAAUAUAAAAAAUCCGCCUCGGAUGUUGAUGCUGAAUAAAGUAUUCCUUUGGGCUUGCAGAACUUUGAUCAAAGUACUUGAAAAAUAACACAGGUCUGUCAACAUUUUCUUCCUGAUCAUUUAGUGACAAUAGAAUUUCAUACUAUCUAUCAUUGUGGAGCUAUAGUCUUAACCAGUGGGAUACCUAUCAUUGUGGAGCUAUAGUCUUAACCAGUGGGAUACCAAAAUGGGGGCAUUUUUCAAACCCUCAUUGCGAGAGCAAGACAUAGUCUGCAAUAGUACUUCAUAGUAAUGAGAUAGUGAAAAAAGGGAUCACCUUGGUUAAUACUCUUUUCAACAGUUUUAUGAUGAUUCACCAUAAGGAGGGAAGGGGGCUGGUUGGCUGCCAUUAAAAGGACUGCAUAAUGUCAAAAUGUAGCAUAGCUAGACAUGUACGUCGAGACAAAUUGAGCUCCUUUCUUGUGUAUAAUGAUUACUCGCACUCUGGCGCAGGUGCGGUGAUCACUUCAUGAGAUUCCUUUUGACUACCGCAUUAUGUUGUAUAAUCUCUAGUCAUGUUAUCGUGGUGCAUUUUAUUACUUGCAAGGUUAGGGUCGGAAUAUCAGAAUUUGAUAUACAUAUACACUCCACUCAAAAAACUAUGGAUCAAAGUGUUCUUCCCCUGGAUGCUUCUCAGUUGUCUGAAUGAUAAAUGGGUUUGGGUCAUCAUCACUUCUCUGGAACCUAAGAUGCCAGGGGAACCCCAUCUGUAAUGCCUGUAAGUAGGGAUUUUUAUGGGCUUUCCACCACAAUGUGUAUAACUCAACAGCUGGUUUCUAGAAUGAAAACCAUGGGUGCUUAUGGAAUAGAACAAUUGUGAUGUAGGAAUUUAGAAUUCAACGAGUCAUUGAAAACACAAACAUCAGUUCUGUAUGUGACCACAUCAUCCUCGCCAGACUGACAGAACUUUGAUCCAAGUACUAGGAAAAAGAACUCAGGUCUGUCAAGAUUUUCUUCUUGAUAAAUAGUGACAGAAACCAUCCAUCACAGCUUAUGGGGCAUUUUUCAAAUUCUCAUUGCCAUUCUAGACUUGUUACUUCAUCAUAUAAUGAGAUGGUGAAAAAGGAAUCAGCUAGCUUUGUACUCUUUUCAAAGGAAUUAUAAUGCUUCACCCCAAGAAGGGAAGGGAGCUGGUUGGCUAUCAUUGAAAGAACUGCAUAACAUCAAAAUGUAGCGUAGCUAGAUUUGUAUGUCAGGACAAAAUGAGCCCCUUUCUUGUGUAUAAUGAUUACUCACACUCCAGUGACAAGUGUGGUGACCACUUCAGAUUCACUAGAUUCCUCUCGACUACCACAUUGCGUUGCGUUGUAUAAUCUUAGUCAUGUUAUAGUUCCACCUGUGCAUUUCAUAAUUUGCAAGAUUUUGUUUAGCAUAUCAGAACUUGAUCAAUAUAUAUGGUCUGAUCAACUAUGGAUCAAGUAUUUUUAACCUGGAUGCUUCUCAGUUGCCUAAUCGAUAAGUGGGUUUGGGUAACCCGGUUGGGAUACCAGUUCUCUGGAACCUAAUACACAUGGGAAACCUAUCUUUAAUACCUGAGUGGGGAUUUGUAUGGAUUUUCCCACCACAAUGUGUUUGAACGCAAGUUGGUUAGUAGAUAGCUGUUGGGUAUGUAUAUAACACUCGAAUGAUAAUCAUUCAAUCACUGAUUCUGAAAUUUGCUUCCACUGAAACAAUAAAGAAGUUGAAGAGGAACAGUUUGCCUGAAACAUGCUAACAUGUUUAUACUUUUGCCAUGGUAAGUAUAGUGAAUGGGGCAACUUGUAACUUUUGAGGUGACUAAAGGGACUUGUUGAGUAAUACACUCAAGUAUGAGUAGAAGCCAUUCAGGGAGUGGUGCUUGAACUUGUAUUUGAAUGUGACACUCGGGUGCCUUGACCAAACUCUGGCAGUGUAAGGAUUGCUGCUGAAGUAUCACCCACUGAUACGUCGUGGCUGCUGCUGCCUGUCUGACAUGCACGGUAGAACGAUUAAGAUCUUGAAUAUGACCUACUAGGAAUCCACAUUGUCUUCUGAAGCAUCUUUCUUUUCCAAAGAUGCCAUUCCUAUCUUCUCAAAUUGAGCGUUUGCAUCAACUUGCCAUGAACUUUGUCUGGUGACUGGGCCUAAGUUCCUGCUUUUAUGAGAGCCCUGUCUCUGUGGAGCAUUUUCAAGGCACAGCAUAAUGGGGAUAGUCACUCCCAUGAACUAGGAUGUCAAAGGCACAUUGUGUCAUCCUUUUUAUGCUCAAUCACCAUAAAGACUAGAGAGAGAAGUUAGUAAGGGCAAAAGCUUCUGAGGGGUAGAGACUAACUAAAGUCGGCAACUAUAAGGACUUAAAAGCUGGACCACACUAGACUGGUCCUUCCUACCCUUUGUUUAGCUGAUCUAAGAGAUUUUGUUCAUGGAGGUUCAUUCUGUUUUUUUGUUUUUUUGGUUGAAGAAGUUUCAUUCUGUUGCAGAGAAGAGAGAGAGAGUCACUAAGUGACAAAAGCUUCUGAGGGAGCUGGACCACUCACCACACUAGACUGGUCCUUCCUACCCUUUAUUUUGCUGAUAUAACAGACAUUGUUGUUGAAAUUUCAUGCUGAUUAGAUGAUCAUAACUAUAUGAACUAAUGGAUUCUUUCUCGAUGGCUAGUUCAUGAAUGUAUUCUACCAAUCUAUUACAACCUCA